AAUAGAUCGCGCGUGUUAUAAUAUAAUUUAUUAUAUUAAACAAAUACACAAGACAUAAAAAAAUACAUUAAUUAUUACUAUUUAAAUAUUUAAAUAAUAAUAGUAAUAUUUAAAUUUAAAACAAAGUGCGUUUGUGAUAAAUAAUCACUAAGUUUUUUUUUUAUUUCGUUGUCCCUUUUGAUAUUUACGUGCACAGUGAAUUUAAUAAAUUGUAUAAACGGUGAUAAUUUAUUUAAGAAGAUAUAUAUCUAUACAAUAUAUGAUAUAUUAAUAUAUCUAUAUUAAUAAUAAAAGGGAGCUAGAGGCUGAGAGACAGUGCGCGCGCAAACAAAGACAAAACAGACGGUCGUACUUGUAAACCGCGUGCAGCGUGCGCUAUUCGAAUUUAUUGUCCUUGAGUUUUUUUUCUUUUUUUUUUUUUUUUAAAUUUCUACUUGUGUUUUUUUUUUAUUAUUUAAUUUUUUUUCUUUAAAAUUUAAAAUUGUUUUUGAGUUACAUUUGAAUCGUGUUGUGAGAUAAAAUAAUAUUUAAAAAUUAAGUAAAAGCCAAGUGAAUAAAUUAGUGGAUAACGUGGAGGCCGUAGUGAGGGAGAGACGAGGAAACUUGGAUCAGUUUUUUUUUUAACAACAGUGGAGCAAAACGGCCUCAAACUGUGGGGCUCCGGGGCGUUUUUCCUUCCACCCCAAGGGAUGUACUAUCCUCACGUGGUGCAGACAGGGAUGGCUGCGCCUUACGGUGGGGGUGUAUUUCCACCCCCUGUUAACGGGGUAACCGGGGUUGUGGGGGCUGCAGGAGCUACUGGUGAAGUAAAACCGCCUCCACCAGUACCUACGAAAGAAGAAAAUUCUGGAGCUCAGCAGCAAGCAACCCCUGGAGGGCAACAGAUACAAACAACACAAGGGACACAGCAUCAAGCUACGCCUGGUGCGCCAUCUGCCACAAGUUUCAGUCCGCCACCUCCCCCAAAUGGAGUUGAUCAACAGGCAAUCUCAGAAGUAUUUCAAGCAGCAGUGCAAGCCGCGGCGGCAGCAGCAGCAGCAAAUAGCGGAGGUCAGCAGCCAGCGCCAGCCUCAGGUGGAACUGAAGCAAGCCCUGAGGGUGGAGUUGAAAGUAACAGCAUGGUGCCCGUUACGUCGGGAGCGACGACACCGGCGACAGCGACACAAGGAACUGACCUCAAGGGUCAGCCAAAGCGACUUCACGUCAGCAACAUACCUUUUCGUUUCAGAGACCCUGAUCUCAGGGCAAUGUUUGGACAAUACGGUCCUAUUUUGGAUGUAGAAAUAAUAUUUAAUGAACGCGGAAGCAAGGGAUUCGGUUUUGUAACAUUCGCGAAUAGUGCCCAUGCGGACCAGGCACGUGAGAGGCUACACGGCACCGUGGUUGAGGGCAGAAAGAUUGAGGUGAACAACGCUACAGCGAGAGUGCAGACCAAAAAACCACCGACAGUGCCAAAUGUUUGUGUCCAGUGGCCAGAGGCUGCAGCAUUGAGAGGAGUUGCCAUUCAACGUGGACGUGUUGGUCCAGCAGCUAGAGCAGCUUUUCCAGCUGGCGCAGCUUUAGCUCUUGCACGUAAUCCGGGACCACUCGCAGCAGCCGCUGCUGCGACGGCUUUGCAUCCUUUUGCAUCAACUGUCUACUAUGAUCCUUUCCUAGCAGCACAUGCAGCGACGCAGGAUCCAAACUACAGGCUACAGCUGGAAUGGCCGCAAGCAACAACUGACGCAGCAGCAGCAGCCGCGGCGGCAUCGCCACUUUUGAAGACCCCGUUAUCGACAGCUCAACAGGCGACUUACGCAGCGGCAGCAACAUAUACAGCAGUGGCUGCACGAGCUUACGGCGCGGCCGCAGCAGCAGCUCAACCGGUCGCAGGAUAUGCCGCAGUUGCGGGGUACGGCCGUGAGUAUGCAGAUCCUUACCUUGGACACAGCAUUGGACCCAUGACAAAUUAUGGGGCGACGGUGUAUCGAGGUGGUUACAACAGGUUUACACCCUACUAGAAACUACCCAGCCCUCCUAUUGGAGUUUAUUUCAUCACAUACUCGAGCAACUCAUGACCAUAAUAAUAAUUAAUCCUCGAGACACAAAACUCUUCUUAUAAGUCUCUUUAGUAUCCCCGAAGUCCAUGUAAAAAAAUUAAAUUUUAAAAUAAGGAAUAAGCGCACUAAUAAAUCGAUAAUAAAUCGGGUCAAGAUGACGUUGACGAUGAGGAUGAUGACGUUCAAGUCGAUCAGCAUCACCAGCAGUAGUACCAUCUCACAUCAGUUAAUGAAGAUGACCACGAGUUGACGUAUGUUAACGACAACAAAGCCGACGAAAUUAAACGGACAGCGUUGGCGGACUUGAUGCCAGUGGGUUUCGACUUUCAAUCGAUUUUACAAAACCGCUCGUGUAAAACCAGUAAACUGGCUCGAGAUCGGCGGGCUAGAAAAUUCAAUCGGUUUAAUGCGACCUCGUGGAUCAUUUAAAUUUAAAUUGACAGCUCGCUUCGUAAAGUGACAGUCGUUCGUGGCCGGGGUGACGUGCCUGUGACAUUACGAAUUUACCUUGUCAUCCAUCCGAUAAAUAAAAAAUAUAUUCCGUUAUAAUAUAACAUAAAACCGAAUUUAAUUUCAUCGCCGAUUAACUUACACUUUAAAAUAUAAAUUAUAAAUUUUUUAAAUUUAUACUCAAGUCUGAGGCUAAGGAGAUUCGAUAUAUUAUUUUUCAUUUGUAUUUAUAAUUUACUCAUAUUUAUAUAUAUAUAUAUAUAUAUAUAUUAUUGUACACUUAUUAUCCCAUUCAUAAAUUUAAUUAUCACAUAUUAUUAUAUAUAUCAUAAGACAUCAAUUAAAA